AUCGUUACACGGCUCCUGAUUUAUUAGAUUUGAAUAAAUGUGGUUUUGAAGACUUACGGUCAAUUGAUUCAACUCUGUUACCAACAAUAACGUUCAUCCAAGCAUGUAAGGAAUACGUUGGUACAAGCCUGAUUGUUGCAGAAGCAUGUCAUUGUAAUGGCAAAUGUGCUACUAAAUCUUGUCCACGUCGAUCAAAAAAUGUCAAAUGCGGAACAAAAUGUCAUCCUAAGAAGAAAGCUUGUUCAAAUGUUUAA